AUGGGCAAGGGGCGUGACAAGCGCAAGAAGAAUGAGGACCCUGCCAAGGCCGCCAAGCGGGCCACUCGGCAGGCGCUGAAGCUGCAUAAGGGCGAGAAGAAGGAGAACGGCGAGGAAGCGACGGAGGGCUUCAAUAACGAAGAGGCUAUCGAGGUAACGCUCAAGCGCAUCCAGAAGCAGGAACGAAAGGUGAGAGCCGUGGAGGAGGUCGCUAACGUUGACCCUCCCACGCCGCGCGUCAAUGUCGUCUUGGUGUCGCACCCGGAACGCGAUAAUGAGCUCAUCCUCUUCGGCGGUGAGUUCUGGAACGGCGAGAAGACAGAGGCGUACAACGACACAUAUUUCUUCAAUGCCAAGCGCAACACCUGGGCGCGCCUCUCUUCUGCUGUCAAGCCGCCACCACGGAGCAGCAGUCAAGGCGUCAUCUACAAGCAGUACCUCAUCCUGUUUGGUGGUGAGUUCGUCUCGCAGUCGCAGUCGCAGUAUCUGCACUUCAAGGAUGUGUGGCGCUUUGACAGCCGCUGCAGCGAGUGGGAGGAGCUGAAGAACCUCAAGGGCGGUCCAUCCUCCCGCAGUGGCCACCGAAUGGUGUUGUGGAAGCGCAAUGCAGUCAUGUUUGGCGGCUUCUACGACAAUGCCCUGGAGUGCCGCUACUUUGACGAUCUGUGGAUUCUCUCCAGCCUUGACGGGGCUGGGUGUUGGUCACAGGUGAAGACGGCUCCUAUGACAGACCUUCCACACGCGCGCAGCGGGCACAGCAUGGGCGUCUACCACGACGAACUCUUUGUCUACGGCGGCUACUCGACGCAGAAGUUUAACCGCUUCAAGAAGUCGGAAGCCACAGUGCACCAUGAUUUGUGGAUGAUAUCCCUGCAGCAGGAGAAGGAGCACACCCUCAGCGAGGGACUACUGCCAGUGUGGACGAAGAUCAAACUCGGUGGUAUUCCGCCGCCCAUCCGGUGCGGCGUUUCUUGCGCCUUCAAGGACAAGCGACUCUACCUGUUUGGCGGCGUGGUCGACAUCGAGUCACCAGGGGGUAAAAUGAUGUCUACCUUUUACAACGACCUCUAUGUGUUUCACAUGGACACGAAGCGCUUCUACCCUGUCGUGCUACGACGUGUAGCGAAGCGCGUUGCGGCGUCUGGAAAGCGUGACCACGUGGAUGAUCUAGCGGCCCAACUUAGCGCGCUGGACCUCUGUCAUGACAAGCCAAGUCUCGACUCGGAGACUGAUUCUAGCUCCGAUGAGAGCGACGAUGAGCUCCCCAGCCAGCCGGGGGCGGCGGCUGCGAGCCAGGAACUGAGGGAAAGCUACGAAACAAAUCGGCACGGGCAAAUUCUGCCGCACCGGCGCAUAGACUCUGCGAUGGUGGUAAUCGGCAACACGCUGUACCUCUACGGUGGCCAGUUUGAAAGCAGCAAGAAGGAGAUCACCAUGUCCGACCUUUUCGCACUCAAUCUGAACAAGCUGGAUACAUAUCAGCCGCUGCUCUCACAGGACUUGUCCGCCGCGUUGUGGUUAGGCAAGGAGUCAGAGAGCAACACCGCUUCGUGGGAAAGCGGUAGCACGGUUGCCAGCGCUGUCUACGAUCUGGAGUACGACGAGGACGACGAAGACAACGAGGGUGGUGCUGACAAUAUGGGGCGGCGCGGCGUGCAUUUUGGUAACAUGUCGCGCGAGCCUGUGCCCAACUCUGAGGACGAUGGCGACGAGGCACCGGAGGCGAUUCCCGCCGAGCUCGCAAUGGAGGUGACACCAAGUGUCGAAGGAGUGGCGGACGCCAUUGCUGGCAUUACGCGCACGGGGAAGAAGGGCCUCAGGGUACACAAAGCGCAGCUCCUGGCCCAGCUCGGUGCCUCCGCGGCGGUGCCAACUCCCCAGACGGAGGAGACGUUUGCCGCCUUUUUCGCCAGAACAUCCUCCUUCUGGCUGAACACGGCGCGCGAGUCCGUGGAGGGUAAGUGCACCGACCGCCACUUGAAGAAGGAGGCCGCAGAAUUCGCGAAGCAGCGCUUCUACGAGGCGCGGGAGUUGUUGGCGCAGCUUCAGCUCGUCGAGGACUGCGAGAAGGAGGAAGCGAAGUUCUUUCGGGAGCGGCGGCUGCAGAAGGAAAAGGAGUGGGAGGAAUACGAAGAGGCACAGCGGCGCGUCGAGCAGUGCCCAAGCCAUGGAAACGAUGAGGCUGAUAAGAUGUGA